CUCCAGGAGGAAGCAGGAGAGCAAAGGGCGGCAGUGAGUUGGGCCUUCGCGUUGCCACAAAGUUCGCCACAGAGGAGGAAAUGCUGAGGAAAGCUGCGGGUUUUUGAGAACUCGAGCUUCGUCAGCGCGCGUGACUCUGGCAGGACGCUGACGGUCGGCCUCGGCCUACGUGGCCCCGGAUCUGCCGUUUCCCUCCCCCCCCCCCCGAGGAGCCAUGGCUGCCAAGUUCAGUCUGACGGAGAGCGAUCUGUGCUGCUCGGUGUGCUACGACGUGUUCCGCGACCCCGUGCUGCUGCGCUGCAGCCACAGCUUCUGUCGGACCUGCGUGCAGGACUACUGGGCAGGGAAGCGGUCCGCCCGGCGCGACUGUCCCCUGUGCCGCCAGGAGUUCUCCCCGCAGGAGGAUCCCGUGCUGAACCUGAGCCUGAAGAACCUCUGCGAAAGCUACCUUCAGGAGGAUGAGAACCCGAGCGCCUCGGGGCAGGGGCGAGGCAGCGGGCCUCUCUGCCACGAGCACAGCGAGCCCCUGAAGCUCUUCUGCGCAGAGGACAAGGUGCCCAUCUGCGUGGUGUGCCACAGCUCCCGGAAGCACAAAGGGCACGAGUGCAGCCCUGUGGGAGAGGCCGCCCUGCAGUGGAAGGAGGAGCUCCGGGCUCUCCUGGACGUCUUGCAGGAGAAGCGGGUGGCCUUUGACAAGGUGAAAGAGAACUGUGAAAAGGCCACGCUUCACAUAAAGAACCAGGUGCGGAGCUCGGAGAGGCUGAUCAAAGAGGAGUUCCGGAAGCUCCGUGCCUUCCUGGAGGCUGAGGAGGAGUCCAGGGUUGCAGCUUUGAAGGCCGAAGGAGAGGAGAAAAGUCAGAGAGUGAACGAGAGCCUCGAGGAGUUGACAAGAACCAUAUCCUCCCUCUCGGAUUCCAUCGCAGCGAUAGAGGAGCAGCUGAGAGCAGAGGACAUCUCUCUCCUCCACGACUACAGGAUGACGAUGCACAGGACUCGGUGCGCGGCACAGGAGGCGGAGACCUCGGGCGAGAUGAUCGCUGGUGAAGGUGGCCUCGCACCUGGGUUCCCUGAACUUCCGAGUGUGGAAGAAGAUGCUGGGGAUCGUGCAGAACACGCCCAUAGUCCUGGACCCUAAUACUGCCGCUCCUUGGCUCAUCCUGUCUGAUGACCUGGUCAGCGUGAUCGAGGGAGAGGAGAAGCAGAUGUUCCCCAACAACCCCGAGAGGUUCGACCUGGACGCCGGAGUGCUGGGCGCGGAGGCCUUCCGCUCCGGCACACACUGCUGGGAGGUGGAGGUGGGGGACAGUUCUACAUGGGUGGUGGGCGUGGCCAAGGAGUCUGUCCAAAGGAAGGAGAAGCUGGCUUCCGUGCUGAAGAACGGUUACCUCACCCUCUUCUUCUAUCAGAAGAUGUACUUCGCAGGGACGUCCCCCCUGACGCGGCUCACUCCGAGAAAGAAACCGCAGAGGCUACGGGUGCAUCUGGACUGCAACCGUGGUCGCGUGUCUUUCUUCGACAGCGGGGACAACACACACCUCUACACGUUCAAACAC